AUGGACGUUCGUAGAAACGAUAUGUCUUUGCCGCAGAGGCCAGGCAAACCCUCACCUCGACGCGAAGAAGCACGCGCAUUUCGCGAACCCUCUCGCCGCCGUCGACGUGAUAUCGACUCGGGCACUUACAGCGACGACCCCACUUCUCCCUCCCACCGACACCGUCGUCGACACUCCAGUAACCGAAGAGGCAUGGAUACAGACGAAGAGCGCAUGGAGCGCAGCGGCGAUGUGAGACGCAAGAAGAGCAUGGUCAAACCAGAGCGCAGGCGAGAUGACCGUGAACAACCCAAUCAUCACUACCGACAGCGAUCAAACCAGAUGUCCACGUUCCCUUCGACGACAGGAAACGAUCCGUUAUUGGACAAUAGAGAUGGCGAGGUGGAGACGAACAGCUCGCGCAGCAUGGAUAUGAAGAGCAAGGAUGGUCUAUACGGCGCGCGGGGUAAUGUCAACAAACCCAUGGAGCGGGUUCCUAGCAGACAUCGUUCGAAAAAGAAGAAGAGAGGCUCACGAAGGUCAUCGAAGGGAGCUACGGAGGAACGGAGACGUCAACAGGCGAUCGAGCAGACUGGCCCGCCCGAGUUGUGGCCCACAUAUUGUGCAGUGAUCACAUUCUUUAUUCCAGACUUUGUGCUGAAAUGCUUCGGUAUGCCAGAGAAAGAACAGCGCAGUGCUUGGCGAGAAAAGAUCGGUCUUAUCAGUAUCAUUCUGAUGAUCGGCGCUUUUGUUGGUUUCUUGACUUUCGGUUUCACGGCCACCGUCUGUGGCUCGCCCCCGAUUCGAUUGAAAGCCGACGAAGUCAGUGCUAACUACAUGAUCUUCCACGGACGAGCAUAUGACUUGAGCGGUUCCAAGCAUCCCGCUGUUGCUGGUAUCCCCGGUGGUUCGAAUGUUAUCUACGACCUGCCACACAGAUAUGGUGGACAGGAUGGCAGUUUCUUCUUCCAGCAAGUGAACGGUGCGUGCAAGGGGCUGAUUAAGGCCAAGCCUGGUAGUGAUAUUCCAACAAACUCGGCCGGAGAUCUCGGAUGGUACUUCCCCUGUACGCCUUUCAACCAAGAUGGUUCGUCCUCGCCGAAUUUGACGGUUGACCAUUACACUGGCUGGGCUUGCCAUACCAGCAAGAGAGCUCGUGAGCCUUUCUACUCCCUGAGAAGUGAUGGUGAUGUGUUCUACACAUGGGAGGAUACGAAGAACAAGAGCCGAAACCUGGCGAUAUACUCAGGAACUGUACUUGACCUUGACCUUCUCGCCUGGUUCGACCGUAGCCAGGUCUCCUAUCCCGAACAAUUCGAUCAGCUCCGCAAGAAUCCCGAUGUCCGGGGUGUUGAUCUCACCUACUACCUGCAAUCCGGGGAGGAUAAGAAGAUUGGCAAGUGCUUGGCGCAGAUUAUUAAAGUCGGCAGCAUCGACACCGAUACCGUUGGCUGUAUCGCGUCACAAGUCGUACUCUACGUGUCCUUGAUUUUCAUUCUCGCCAUCGUGGGAGUCAAGUUUGGAUUCGCCGUGUUCUUUCAGUGGUUCCUGGCACCCACGUUUGCGGCGCAAACAACCAGUAUGUCUUCAGACUCCAAGACUCGCAAUCAACAGAUUGAAGACUGGUCCAACGAUAUCUAUCGACCCGCUCCUCGAAUCACUGAACCCAUUGUUCCCGAUCGUAUGAACAAACGCGCGAGUUUCCUCCCGACCACUUCCCGUUUCUCGAGCCCGUACAAUGUGAGCAGCACUGGGAGCAAGCAAAGGCCGGUUUAUGUCACGAUGGCUAGCCAAAAUUCGACGACUCAUCUCAUGCCCAGCUCCAAUCCUGCCACUAUGUACAAGUCAAGCCAUAACGGUAGUGGCGGCUCUUUGAGCGCUGAAAAUUCUCGUCAGAACCCUACUGCCAGUCGGACUAGCUUGGUUCCUCACGGUCAGCAAGACCCCAGUCACUUUACGCUCUCUACCGAUCACGAUGGCUUGGGUCCCGCUGGUUUCAUCCACGAAGCUGUCGUUCCUCAGCCUCCCCCUGACUGGCAGCCGUUCGGCUACCCUCUGGCUCACAGUCUUUGUCUAGUCACUUGCUACUCUGAAGGUGAGGAGGGUAUUAGGUCGACUUUGGAUUCCGUUGCCAUGACCGACUACCCCAACAGCCACAAGACUAUCCUGGUCAUCUGUGAUGGUAUUAUCAAGGGCAAGGGAGAGCAAUUCUCCACACCAGAAAUUGUAUUGGGCAUGCUCAGGGACCCUGUUAUUCCCAAGGACGAGGUUCAGCCAUACUCCUACGUGGCUGUGGCUACUGGCUCUAAGCGACACAACAUGGCAAAGGUCUACACUGGAUUCUACGACUACGGCAAUACCUCGAUCAUCCCAACAGACAAGCAGCAGCGUGUUCCCAUGAUGGUGGUCGUCAAGUGCGGAACUGCCCAGGAGUCGACCCAGUCAAAGCCUGGUAACCGAGGCAAGCGAGACAGUCAGAUUAUUCUCAUGUCUUUCCUCCAGAAGGUUAUGUUCGACGAGCGCAUGACAGAACUUGAGUUCGAGAUGUUCAAUGGCAUGUGGAGUGUCACAGGCAUUCCCCCGGACUUCUACGAAAUCGUUCUCAUGGUCGACGCCGACACAAAGGUGUUCCCAGACAGUCUCACCCAUAUGGUCUCGGCCAUGGUGAAGGAUCCCGAAAUCAUGGGUCUCUGUGGAGAGACCAAGAUCGCCAACAAGACCGACAGCUGGGUAACGAUGAUCCAAGUCUUCGAGUACUUCGUCUCUCACCACCUAGCCAAAUCAUUCGAAUCCAUCUUCGGUGGUGUAACUUGUCUUCCUGGAUGUUUCAGCAUGUACCGAAUUAAAGCACCCAAGGGCGGCCAGAACUACUGGGUACCCAUUCUCGCAAACCCAGAUAUCGUGGAACACUACUCUGAAAACGUCGUCGACACCCUUCACAAGAAGAAUCUGCUUCUUCUCGGUGAAGAUCGUUACCUCACCACCCUGAUGCUCAAGACCUUCCCGAAACGCAAGCAGAUCUUUGUCCCCCAAGCUGUGUGCAAGACAGUCGUGCCGGAUGCAUUCCUGGUUUUACUCUCUCAACGCCGUCGCUGGAUCAACAGUACCGUCCACAACCUCUUCGAACUGGUCCUCGUCCGCGAUCUGUGCGGAACCUUCUGUUUCAGCAUGCAGUUCGUCAUCUUCAUCGAACUCAUCGGUACCCUCGUCCUCCCUGCCGCCAUCUCAUUCACCAUCUACGUCGUCGUUGUUUCCAUCGUCAAGAAACCAGUCCAGGUCAUUCCGCUGGUUCUCCUCGCCCUGGUCUUGGGUCUGCCUGGUGUUUUAAUUGUCGUCACCGCACACAAACUCGUCUAUGUGCUCUGGAUGCUGAUUUAUCUCAUCUCGCUUCCAAUCUGGAAUUUUGUUCUGCCCAUGUAUGCAUUCUGGAAGUUCGAUGACUUCAGUUGGGGUGAUACCCGGAAGACCGAUGGUGAGAAGGACAAGGGACACGGUGAUGCCGAGGGCGAGUUUGACAGUACGAAGAUCACAAUGAAGAGGUGGCGUGAUUUCGAAAAAGAACGUCGCCUUCGCAGUGCUUGGGCACAGUCCCAGUCCCAGCCUCAUGCGUCGACGGAUCCUUAUCCAUCGCCGUAUGACACAUAUUCACAUUAUUAA